GUCUGUCAAAACUGUCAUUUCUAUGUCAAAUAUGUCACAACACGUAAAUACAAAUAAUGGCUUAAACCGAUUAUUUUCCCCGAAAUUUGGCUUUCAAAGCUUACAAUUGUACGAUUUUAUGUGAAUUCGUGACCUUCAAAAUGCGCAAACGUCACAUUUGGUUAUUUUUCCUUCUUUUGGGUUUCACCCUCGGCGAGGAACUUGAAGUAAAACGCGAGAAAAUCGCCACCACUGAGCUGGCACACGAGACCGACGAAAGACUCCUAGUUUUUGCGACUUUAAGCGGCGAUUUGGUCGGUGUUGAGCCCCAAACGGGCAGAAUCCGAUGGAAAAUCAAAGACAGACCUAUUGUUCAGGUGCCUGUCGACACCACAAACGCCAUAAUCCCGAUUUUUCUGCCCGAUCCCAGGGACGGUUCUUUGUACUUAAUGGGGAAUAACCGGGAACCUUUAAAGAAAUUACCCUUCACUAUUCCACAAUUGGUGGCCUCGUCGCCUUGUCGCAGUUCUGAUGGGAUUUUCUAUACCGGGAAAAAGAAGGACACGUGGUUUAAACUUGACCCAAUCACUGGGAGAAAAGAGCAAGUUUUAGGCUGGGAUACCAGUCCCACGUGUCCCAUUGAAUCGAAAAAAUUCGUUUUUAUCGGACGCACGAAAUACGACAUUAUGAUGGUCGAUAGUACCAAUAAAUUGCGCAAAUGGAACGUCACGUUUUACGAUUAUACGGCGCAAACAAUGUCGAAGGAAGAAAUGAACAAUUACGAAUUGGUACAUUUUGCGUCAAGUUCCACCGGUCGCUUGGUAACCAUGGACCGUCGCCGUGGCAACCUCCUCUGGGACAGCGAUCUGGGAAGUCCCGUGGUGGCAGCAUACGUACUUGAUUCAGACGGGUUAUUAGUGGCCCCGUUUACAAGCCUAGCCAACCACACUUUGAAUUAUCUAACGACGGAAUUGUUGACUCACGAGGGGCCCCAACCCCAACGAAUGAAACUAUAUCCCACUCUGUACGUGGGUGAUCAUAGGUACGGCCUUUAUGCCAUUCCGUCUCUCGUUGACCAAAAUGUGGUCACGAUCACAGCUUCAGAUGGGGGCCCUUUGUUACUAGGGGGCCCCCAUGCGCCCGAUUUGCCCAAACCGUACCCCGAGUACCCCAUACCGGGGUAUAACUAUAGGCUACCCUCAAAUAUGUACGAAGGUGACCCGAUUACGUUCCAAAGCAUCCCAAAUUUUGUUAUAUACGUUGGUCACUACAACGUGCCAAAAUACACCGAUACGAAAUUUCUGUUAGGUGGGGGUACCCCUAAAGUGAACCUUUUGACCGACGAAAGUGAGUCAAAUGAGACACCUCCCCCAAAAACCGUCCCCAAGUCAAUAGAAGAAAGCGACCAACAACAGCCCCAAACUAAUAAAAAUCGUAUCAAAUCUUACUACAAAUCGGUGAAAUUAUGGGUAAACCAGCAGGAAAACAAGGGUUUGAAGCUAGUUUUGAUCAUUUUGGUGGGUUGCGUUAUCGCCAUGUUUUGGUACUUGCAAGUGCAAGUGCGCGAGUUCCAAAACAUGUCCCAGAAUGGCUCACGCUCAAGUCAGCAAAACUCCUUUGGGAAAAAUUCCUCAAUCACCGCCUAUUCCGAGGAAUUACCCGAUGGGUUGGUCCGUGUGGGUAAAAUAACCUUCCAUCCGGACCAACUCCUGGGUAAAGGUUGCGAAGGUACUUUUGUCUAUCGGGGUGAAUUCGAUAGUAGACAAGUCGCCGUCAAGCGACUACUUCCCGAAUGUUUCACGUUCGCCGACCGGGAAGUUGCCCUUUUAAGGGAAAGUGAUGCCCAUCCCAAUGUUAUAAGGUACUACUGCAUGGAACAAGACCGAUUGUUCAGGUACAUAGCCCUUGAGUUGUGCCAAGCGACUUUAUCGGAAUACGUGCAAGGGAAAUGCGACAGGACGAUGAUUAAACCGUUGGAUAUCCUGAGACAGGCCACUUCGGGCCUUGGACAUUUGCAUUCGCUCGAUAUUGUCCACCGUGAUAUUAAGCCCCACAAUGUUCUGCUUUCCGUCCCCAAUAGUCAAGGCGAAGUCAAAGCAAUGAUCUCAGAUUUCGGUUUAUGUAAAAAACUCCAAGUCGGGAGAGUUUCAUUUUCGAGACGUUCCGGAGUCACCGGAACCGACGGUUGGAUUGCCCCGGAAAUGCUCAACGGCAACGAGAGAACCACUUGUGCUGUGGAUUUAUUUUCGCUCGGUUGUCUCUUUUACUACGUUCUUUCGAACGGUUUGCACCCUUUUGGUGAUAAUUUACGACGACAAGCGAAUAUUUUGAGCGGUGAUUAUAAUUUGGACGAUCUUCAAGGUGAAGAAUGGCAAAUUAAUCUACAGAAACCUUUACUAGCGGCGAUGAUUUCGUCGAAACCGAACGAACGGCCUUCUUGCAGUGCCAUUUUAAAACACCCAAUGUUUUGGGACAAUGCGAAAAUUUUAGCCUUUUUCCAAGAUGUCAGCGAUAGGGUCGAAAAGGCCGAAACCGAUGACUCAGUUUUACAAAAUUUAGAAGAAAUGAAUUUUACGAUAGUCAGGACUGACUGGCGAACGCACAUUCAUGAAGAAGUCGCCACAGAUUUGCGAAAAUAUCGCUCGUAUCGAGGGGAAUCGGUCCGGGAUCUUCUACGAGCACUUAGAAACAAAAAACAUCACUUUCGGGAGUUGACCAAAGAGGCGCAGAGCCUUUUGGGCGAAAUCCCCGACUCCUUUACGAGUUACUGGACGAAGCGGUUUCCCCUGUUACUGGUGCAUUCGUGGUUGGCCAUGCAAUGCGUUUCGGACGAAACGGCCUUUCAGCCUUACUACCACGACACUUACAAAUAUUCCUAUCAAAAUUUCCUACAACAGAUUCAAAACUACAUCGUGGAAAAGCCCGAUUUUUAUGAAUUUCCAAAAAUGAAAAAUCGUCUAUUUGACACAAACCCGAGAAAAGUUCGUGAAAAUGUGGGACUUUACCGGAACUUGGCGCCACAAGAAGUCGUAGAUGUGAACGAGGUCAAUGUUACGAUAACUGAUCGUAGGUUUAAGAAAAGUGAAGUACGGAUUAGGAGCAAGAAACGGGCCUCAAAACGAGACGAGCCGCUAGUCUGGGCCAUAAGACAAGAUAAAUAAGUACAAUUUUGUUAUUUUUUGGUAAUUUUAAGGAAUCACUGUGAUAAUUGUAGCACUUUGUUUUUAAGGACCAAUUAAUGUUAAUCGUUGCCAAAUAUAUUUUCUAUAUGGAA